CAUGACUCCAGACGAACAGAAGUGCUAAGAACAAGCCAAACCUCACCGGUGCACUCGCGCACCGAAUCCGCCGUCUGCCGCCAGCAACACUAUCCCUUAAGCCAACAAGAAUUACAGCAACCAUGUCUCCAACACAACAGCCAGUCCGCCAAUUUAUCCACUCCAACUUCUCUCCAGCCUUCCUCUAUCCUCUCAAAGGAAUCUGGUACUUCAGCACUCACCGCUACCUCUGGCCUCUCCUCCAAAGUCGCCUGGUCCCACUGACCCUCCUCUCCACCUGCGUUCUGGCAAUUCUAUUCUUGACAGCCUACCUCCCUAUCGUAGGCUUCCUGGCCCUAUUCCACUACCAUGGAUCCGCCUGGGUGAACGCCACAUUCUUUAUCCUUGGAAUCGGAGCAGUCGUAAUCCAACUUCUCUUCGAAGGUAUGCUGGUAGAUCAUACCCAAGUAGACGUCUUCGACGCGGUUAUGGUUGGCGAAGGAUAUGAGGAUCUCGUCAAGAAGCGGAGAGCAGUGUCCGAGAACUUCGAGGAGAGUGAUCCUUAUGAGAGACUUGGACCGAGAGACAAGGGCGCGGCUUUCUAUCCCUUUUCAUUUCGACAAAUCAUCGAGCUUGUAAUUCUUCUGCCGCUCAACUUCGUGCCGUUUGUGGGAGUUCCGCUCUUUCUCAUCCUCACCGGGUACCGGGCUGGGCCACUCAUGCAAUGGCGGUAUUUCCAACUUAAGGAGUUCUCAAGGAAGGAGCGCAAGCAAUUUAUUCAGAACAAGGGGCACAAGUUCGAGUACAUGUGGUUUGGCGCAGUGCAUAUCACGCUGCAGCUGAUCCCUGUGCUGGCGAUGUUCUUCUUGCUCACGACAGCAGCAGGGUGUGCUUUGUGGAGUAUCCGAUUAGAGAGAAGAGAGCAGGAAACACAGCCUUUGCGGCACGCGGAGGAUGAAAAUGAGCCGCCAUCGUAUUCAGACGAGGCGUGAAAGAUGAGCAUAUAGACACAUGGUCGUGACGACCGUUUUCUAUCCGAUCUAACUUU